AUGCGGGCGGCAGUGCACAGCAAGAGUAGCGGCUGCCUCACCCCCUCCUCGCAGCGGCAGCGGCACGUCGCCGGUGUUUUAGGCAGCAGCAGCAUGGCCCCGGCCUCGCUGUCCUCCUUUGCCAAAGGCAGGAGCGCGGCUGUCACACCGGCCGCGGCGGCUCCCUCGCGGCAGCGGCAGCCGCUGCAGGUGUGGGCCAACACGCAGCGCAGCAACUCUACCACCAAGAAGCGCACCUCUGGGCCGCCCGGCCUGCCGCCCAUCAACGCCAACGACGGCGGCGGUGGCGGCGGCGGCUGGGACGGACAUAGGAUUGCGCGCAACGUGGCCAUCAACGCCGCCCUCUUUGGCAUCUACUGCCUGCUGGACAGCGGCGGCCCCGGCGGCAUCUUUGGCGGCGGCGGCGGCGGCGGCGGCGGCGGGGGUGGCGGGGGUGGGGGCGACGGCUACCAUAACAACAACCUGGGCAACCCUGGGGAGCCGCAGCUCAGGAUGCGCGAGCUGGACUAUGAUUCGGAGGACGAGGCAGCACGCAGGAAGCCGCGUAAGAAGAAGAGCAGCGGCGGCGGUGGUGCCAAGCGCCGGACGGCGCGCCUUGCCACCGCCUGA